GGAUGACAAAGCCGAGUUCGACCAGUGCAACUUUUGGGGCGACCCGCACUACACCGCCACGUGGGGCUCGGACCCACGUUUUGACUACCAGGGGCAGGGCGCGCACGACAUCAUCUUCAACAAUCUGUGCCAGCUCUUCCACAUGCACGCCUUCCAUUGCCAAUAUAAGAGCUCCCGCAAUGCAGUCACGAUCGGCAUCAAAAUCCAGUUGCCACUUCCCGGGACUGAUCCUGCGAAUCCGGAUUUUGGAUACGUCUUCAUCACGAAGGAGAAGGUUACCGUAUCCGACACGGCCCUCUUCGAGUUGGUGACGGGGGUUCCGUCCUGGAGCGACGUCGACGGCCUUCCCGGUGGCGAGCAAGAAGGAACUCUCAGUGAGUUGCAGCUGAAGAGUGGUGUGGGAAUCCAGACAGAAGAUGGCUGCAACUAUGUGCUGAUCAAUGGGAAGUACAUCAGUGGCAAGCCUGGGUUCAUCCUGAAUGUGAAG